AUGGCUUCUUCUGCAUCUCUUGAGAGACCCUCAUCCAUCCUAAUCGUCGGCAGCGGUGCAUUUGGACUUUCCACAGCUUAUUCGUUAUGUCAAAACCCGCAGUACAAGGAUACCUCAAUUACUGUUGUAGACCGUCAGCCCUUCCCUACGCCUGAUGGCUCGAGUAUCGAUGCCUCACGAAUCAUCCGUCCCGACUACGCUGCCGCGCGCUAUACCCGUCUGGCGACCGUCGCACAAAAUCGCUGGCGCACCGACUUCGCGACCGAACACUACCAUGAGGUCGGCUUAUGUGUAACCGCAUGGGGCCCAGAGCAGAAAUACGUCUCCAGCUCGCUCGAAAACGUUCGCGCGAUAGGGACAGACAAAGUGGAAGUGCUCAAUUCGGCGGAAGACAUACAGAAAGCAUGUGGUCUGGAAGGCAAAGACCCCUGGGGUAAUGGCUGCACCGGAUACGUGAACUGGAGUUCAGGCUGGGCAGACGCAGAGGGCGCGAUGAUGUGGCUCAGGGAAAGGGUGGAGAAGCUGGGGAGGGUGAAGUUUGUCACAAAGGGUGUGAAGAAGCUGUUGAUCGAUCACAAGACCAACACUGUCUCCGGUGUGAGGCUCGACGACUCGACCGAACUGAAUGCGGACCUUACAAUGCUGGCGGCAGGCGCAUGGACGGCAUCGCUCAUCGAUCUCCGUGGCAUCUGCAAAGCCACCGGGCAGGCGCUGUGCUACAUGCCCAUCUCCAAGGAGGAGGAAACGAAGAUGGCCCCGCGACCGACUAUCCUGAACCUCUCCCACGGCCUCUUCAUGAUACCGCCUCACAAGGGCUUGCUCAAAGUAGCGCGCCACGGCCACGGCUACCUCAACCCAACCACAAUCCCACACCCCGAGUCCGAAGACCCGAACGAAACAAUCACAACCUCGCUUCCCUACACACACGUCGACGACCCAUCACAAGCCGUCCCUAUAGAAGGCCAGCGCCAAUGUCGAGAGUUCCUCACCGCAAUGCAUCCUUCCCUCGCCGUACCCUCGCGACCGUUCACAAAAUCGAAGAUCUGCUGGUACACUGAUACAAGGGAUGGCGACUUCUUGAUCUCGUAUCAUCCGAAUUACAAGGGGCUUUUUGUGGCGACGGGCGGUUCAGGACAUGGCUUCAAGUUCUUGCCGGUUAUCGGUGAUAGCAUUGUGGAGUGUAUAGAAGGGAGGACACCGGAAGACUUCAAGGGCCGCUGGGAGUGGCCUGCUGAACGUAUACCCGAGGAGCAGUGGGCUGGUGAUGGAAGUCGCGGUGGACCUGUUGGGAUGAUUCUGGAGGAGGAGAUGGCAAAGAGUCGGGGGAAAUUGUAG